UAACAUUAAUGUUUGGUUUGAUGGGGUUAGAGACUUGAAAAAGUAGUAGAGAACCAUUGAAUGCUCCCACGCGGUUUUGAGAGGCACAAAGAGAGCCAUUGCUCCAAACCUCAGCUGACUUUGCCCUUCUUUCUUCCCUAUAACAGUUAAUGCUUUUGCUGUCAACUUUUGACUAUUUGCCUUCACUUCUCUCUCUCUCUCUCUCUUCAGUCAGUCAGCGACCCUUCACACACUCUUCUUUUUUUCACUAUUUAUACACCCUUCAUUUUGACUCUUGCCUUGGCUCAUUGCAAUUGCAAGCAAGAGGAAAAUCAAGAAACACAAGAGAUCUAGCUAUAGCUAUAUCAUAAAAGUAUAGUGAAGUAAAAGAAAAAGAUACAUACAACAAAGGCAAGAUGGGAAGGCCACCUUGUUGUGAUAAAGGUGUGAAGAAAGGACCUUGGACUCCUGAAGAAGAUAUCAUUUUGGUGUCUUACAUACAGGACCAUGGUCCUGGCAAUUGGAAAGCUGUUCCUACCAAUACUGGGUUGUCAAGGUGCAGCAAGAGUUGUAGACUUAGAUGGACUAAUUAUCUGAGGCCAGGAAUCAAAAGGGGUAACUUCACUGAACAAGAGGAGAAGAUGAUAAUCCAUCUUCAAGCACUUUUAGGGAACAGAUGGGCUGCCAUAGCUGCAUAUCUUCCACAAAGAACAGAUAAUGACAUAAAAAACUACUGGAACACCUAUCUGAAGAAAAAGCUGAACAAAUUGGAAGCAAGUGGUUCUGAAGGAAGUUUGGGGCAUGUUGGGGUUUCAGUUUCUCAGUCAAUGUCUAGAGGGCAGUGGGAAAGAAGGCUACAAACGGAUAUUCACAUGGCAAAGAAAGCUCUCAGUGAAGCUCUUUCACCAAAGAAGACAUCAUCUACCUUUUUAGCUGAGUUAAAUUCAAACCGUUCCAAUGAUAAUAGCACUGGCUCCUUCUACAACUCCACAAAACCAACACCGUCUAUAAGCUAUGCCUCAAGUGCUGACAACAUAGCUCGUUUGUUGAAGGGCUGGAUGAAAAGCACACCAAAACGUGCUGCUACUCAAAACUCCAUCAUCAACUUGGCUUGUGCAGGAGCUGACACUGCUUCCAGUGAAGGAACUACAAAGGGAAGCUCAACCAGUGUGGAGUUGUCUGAGACUUUUGAGUCCUUGUUUGGCUAUGAGUCUUUAGAGUCUUCAAAUUCUGAGUUUUCACCUUCUCUUUCUCCUGAGGGCACUCUCUUCCAAGAUGAGAGCAAGCCUGAUAUUACUGGAAUAGACGUGCCUUUCUCUUUGCUUGAGAAAUGGCUUCUGGAUGAUUCUGGUUGUCAAGAGAAACUUAGUUUCUAGAUUUAGUUAUAGUUCGAUUUGUUGCUUUUUCUUAGUUAUAGCAGACUAAACCUGAAUCUCACUUUGGCCUUCAACCCCUUUUGGUUCUAGAAGUGUAUAUUCCAAUCCAAUAUUAACAUUAUUAUAUUAUCAUAUCCUAUA